UGGGUCGGGAUCGAAGAUACUUGAAGUCACGUGACUAUGACGUCACAGUAGUGGACUCGACCUUGGUUAGGAUCCGUGAAACAGAAACUAUGUCGAUGUUUCGGACCUUGUCAUCACAUCUGCUGAGGCAGCAAAAGUGUGUGCAUCCAGCCUGCUUUUAUGGAACACAAUCUUCAUCUACAUCCACAAAUCUAAAGGAGGUGUUAACAGUCAAAAUCCCAGAGAAACAACAGGAAGUGAUCGCAUUCCGUAAAGAGUAUGGGAAAACCAAGGUCGGAGAAGUCACGGUGGACAUGAUGUAUGGUGGUAUGAGGGGUAUCCGCGGCCUUGUCACAGAAACAUCUGUCCUUGACCCGGAUGAGGGAAUCCGUUUCCGUGGUUACAGUAUCCCAGAAUGCCAGAAGCUACUGCCCAUGGCUAAGGGAGGAGAGCAGCCGUUACCUGAGGGGUUGUUCUGGCUCCUGGUGACCGGAGACAUUCCUACACAGCAACAGGUGGACGCCAUAACCAAGGAGUGGAAUGAACGCUCCCCCCUCCCUAACCACGUCAUCACAAUGCUGAAUAACUUCCCUCACAAUCUUCACCCGAUGACCCAGUUCAGUGCCGCCAUCACAGUCCUCAACAGCGAGAGUAAAUUCGCCAAGGCUUACUCAGAAGGAGUCAACAAACUCAAAUACUGGGAGUACGCCUAUGAGGAUGCCAUGGAUCUGAUAGCCAGACUUCCCACCAUUGCCGCCAUUAUCUACAGGAAUCUGUAUCGCGCCGGUACCUCAGUCGGAGUCGUAGACAUGGACAAAGACUGGAGCUACAACUUCACAAGCAUGCUGGGAUACGAUGACCCAAAUUUCACCGAGCUCAUGAGACUGUACCUCACCAUUCACAGUGACCAUGAGGGCGGUAACGUCAGCGCCCACACAACUCACCUGAUCGCUAGCGCCCUCUCUGACCCAUACAUCAGCUUCGCAGGGGGAAUGAACGGUCUGGCCGGGCCACUUCACGGUCUAGCCAAUCAGGAAGUGCUAGUCUGGUUGACACAGGUGCAGCAGGAGCUGGGAGAUUCUGUGUCAGAUGAGAAACUGAGAGACUUCGUGUGGAACACCCUCCAGUCAGGAAAGGUUGUCCCUGGAUACGGCCCCGUCUACACGUGUCAGAGAGAGUUCGCCCUGGAGAAGCUCCCUAACGACCCCAUGUUUAAAUUAGUGUCUCAGCUUUACAAGAUUGUCCCGGAUGUUUUAUUGGAGCAAGGCAAGGCAAAGAACCCCUGGCCAAACGUAGACGCCCACAGUGGGGUGUUAUUACAGCACUACAAAAUGACAGAGAUGAAUUAUUACACGGUUUUGUUUGGCGUUUCGCGAGCUCUCGGCUGUAUGGCCUCGUUGAUCUGGGACCGCGCCCUGGGACUCCCCAUCGAGAGACCAAAGUCAUUUGACACCCCAACCCUGAAAAAACUAGCCAUCCAAGCCAGCAAAGGAUAGGAUCUAAUUAAAUAAUUAACUCUUUAUUUGUUAAUUAACUAUUAUUAUUGAUUAUUGAUUUUUUUAGAGGAGUGGGGGGGGAGAUUGUGUGAACAUCUGGUGUAUAUGUUUUUGUUAUGUUUUAAGUUUCUGAGGGUAUAUUACAAAGCUACCAAUAUUAUAAUUAUUUAAUAAAAGAAUCAGGGGAUGUUCUAAUAUUACCAAAUUAAAGGAAUCUCCCGUACUUCAUGUGACUAAAGGAUUUUUUGUGCUCUUUGUCAAACUUUCUCCAGUGUACAUAACCAAAUAUUAGAUUCUGCUGGAGUCGUGUGUAAGAAUGCUGAGCCAGUGAUAUAAGAUAUGGACACAACCAUUAUAAAUCUGUUGUACAUUUUACUAUAUAACUAACUUUAUAACAAGAUACAUCCUGUAGAAUGAGUGACCCUCGUGAUGUUUGUUAGGUAUCCAUGUUGAACAAGAGUUUACUUUUGAAAGUCAGUAAAUGAUGUCUUUUUGUUAAUACUUGGUUCAUUUACUUAAUGCAAAAAUAAUUUGCAUAUCAUGAAUAUUUAAAUAUUGCUAGAUCUCAGGAAGAGGAGAAGAAUCAAUGUCCUUUAGAUGGAUCUUAAAAUUUGAAUAUUCAUAAUAUGUUAAUGUGCAGUCAUUGAUAAUUUGCUUUGUGUAGUUUAUCAUCUUGUAGCAGAGCAACAUUUUGUAUCUUACAUGCACCAAUUAAACAGUCUCAGCUUUGUUUUAA